ACAACUAAAGUCAUCUGGUUGUCUCCAUGGAUACCGUUGGAUGCAUUCGAGAUGCUUACAGAAUGUUUUUAUUGUCCAAAAGGAGAUGGUAAGAAUCCUAUUAGGCAUAUUGGAUCCUUCUGGCGUUGCUGCGAGAGUUAAGCGCAAACUAAAAAGAAGGCACUAUAGAUCCAAGGGUCCCAACUACAUAUGGCACCUUGACUCAUAUGAUAAGUUAAAACCGUAUGGAAUUUGUGUCAACGGAUGUAUAGAUGGGUUUUCAAGGUUUAUAAUUUGGUUACGUGUUGGUAGAAGCAAUAAUAACCCACGAAUUGUAGCGGGAUUUUAUGUAGAGGCUUUGACUUCUUUAGAAAGGGUACCACAUUCAAUACGAUCAGACAUGGGAACCGAAAACAGUUAUAUUGCUGAAAUGCAGUCAUUCUUAAGGAGGAAUGGUCCUGGAAGCAGAAAAGCUUUUCUCUAUGGAACAAGUCAACACAAUCAACGUAUAGAGAGCUGGUGGGGAAUACUUAUAAAAGAAUGUGUACAAUUUUGGAUGGAAUUCUUUGAACAGAUGAAGCAAGACGGCUACUUCACAGGCGACUUCAUCGAUAAAAGUCUUAUACAAUAUUUUUUCAUGGAUAUUAUCAGAAGAGAGCUUGAAAAUGUCGUUGAAACAUGGAAUGCACACCGAAUUCGCAAAUCGAAGCAUUGCGACAUAAACGGGCGUCCAAUGGUCUUAUACCAGGCACCUUUUUUGAAAGGCACCGAGGAUUAUUCACUACCUUUGGAAAAUGUCGAACUAAAUGCUUGUGCCGAGGAGUGUGACUUCGAAGAUUCAGACUGUCAAGUAUUGGAAAGAAGGAGGAGGAAAUAUAUGACAGAAGAAGGUCCCCCUGAACGACAGACAUAUAUUUAUUCUACCAUACAUGUAGACAGAGACAAUCUCUGUCUAAACCAACAUAAAGAAGCUUUGUCUAGACCAACAUAA